CGGAGCAAUAGGAGCCCGGGCUGGCUUUCGGGGGCGGGAUCCCGGGAAGGCCGAGCGGGCGGAGGCUGGUGGCGCGGCGGAGGCGAGACCUCGGCGCGGGAGCUGGGCCUAGGUCGGCGCCCUGGCGGCUGUGUUUGUGUGUGUUUCUUGGAGAAACAGGGCCCAUUGGGAACAAUGCCACCACCAUCAGACAUUGUCAAAGUAGCCAUUGAAUGGCCAGGUGCUAAUGCUCAGCUCCUUGAAAUCGACCAGAAACGGCCUCUGGCAUCCAUCAUCAAGGAAGUUUGUGACGGGUGGUCCUUGCCAAACCCGGAGUAUUACACCCUCCGUUAUGCAGACGGCCCCCAGCUCUACAUCACGGAGCAGACGCGCAGUGAUAUUAAGAAUGGGACCAUCUUACAGCUGGCUAUCUCCCCGUCCCGGGCUGCACGCCAGCUGAUGGAGAGGACCCAGUCGUCCAACAUGGAGGCCCGGCUGGAUGCCAUGAAGGAGCUGGCCAAGCUCUCUGCCGACGUGACCUUCGCCACCGAGUUCAUCAACAUGGACGGCAUCGUGGUGCUGACGCGGCUUGUGGAGAGUGGAACCAAGCUCUUGUCCCACUACAGUGAGAUGCUGGCAUUCACCUUGACCGCCUUCUUAGAGCUCAUGGACCAUGGCAUUGUCUCCUGGGACAUGGUUUCCAUCACCUUCAUCAAGCAGAUUGCAGGGUACGUGAGCCAGCCCAUGGUGGACGUGUCAAUCCUUCAGAGGUCCCUGGCCAUCCUGGAGAGCAUGGUCUUGAACAGCCAGAGCCUGUACCAGAAGAUAGCAGAGGAAAUCACCGUGGGACAGCUCAUCUCUCACCUCCAGGUCUCCAACCAGGAGAUUCAGACCUACGCCAUUGCACUGAUUAACGCGCUUUUCCUGAAGGCUCCUGAGGACAAGCGACAGGAUAUGGCCAACGCAUUUGCACAGAAGCACCUUCGCUCCAUAAUCCUGAAUCAUGUGAUCCGAGGGAACCGCCCAAUCAAAACUGAGAUGGCCCAUCAGCUGUAUGUCCUGCAAGUCCUGACCUUUAACCUUCUGGAAGAAAGGAUGAUGACCAAGAUGGACCCCAAUGACCAGGCUCAAAGAGACAUUAUAUUUGAACUGAGGAGGAUCGCAUUUGAUGCAGAAUCUGACCCUAGCAACGUCCCCGGGAGUGGGAUUGAAAAACGCAAAGCCAUGUACACCAAGGACUACAAAAUGCUGGGGUUUACAAACCACAUCAACCCAGCGAUGGACUUUACCCAGACUCCUCCUGGAAUGCUGGCCUUGGACAACAUGCUGUACUUGGCUAAAGUCCAUCAGGACACCUACAUCCGGAUCGUCUUGGAGAACAGCAGCCGAGAGGACAAACACGAGUGCCCCUUCGGCCGCAGCGCCAUUGAGCUCACCAAGAUGCUCUGUGAGAUCCUGCAGGUUGGGGAACUGCCAAACGAGGGCCGCAACGACUACCACCCGAUGUUCUUUACCCAUGACCGGGCGUUUGAGGAGCUCUUUGGGAUCUGCAUCCAGCUGUUGAACAAGACCUGGAAGGAGAUGAGGGCGACAGCCGAGGACUUCAACAAGGUCAUGCAAGUGGUUCGAGAGCAGAUCACUCGAGCUUUGCCCUCCAAACCCAGCUCCUUGGAUCAGUUCAAGAGCAAACUGCGUAGCCUGAGCUACUCUGAGAUCCUGCGGCUGCGCCAGUCCGAGCGGAUGAGUCAGGAUGACUUCCAGUCCCCGCCGAUCGUGGAGCUGAGGGAGAAGAUCCAGCCCGAGAUCCUUGAGCUGAUCAAGCAGCAGCGCCUGAACCGUCUCUGUGAGGGCAGCAGCUUCCGGAAGAUUGGGAACCGCCGAAGGCAAGAACGUUUCUGGUACUGCCGCUUGGCCCUGAACCACAAGGUCCUGCACUAUGGUGACUUGGACGACAACCCUCAAGGGGAGGUGACGUUUGAGUCCCUGCAGGAGAAAAUUCCUGUUGCAGACAUUAAGGCCAUUGUCACCGGGAAAGAUUGCCCACACAUGAAAGAGAAGAGCGCUCUGAAGCAGAACAAGGAGGUGUUGGAGUUGGCCUUCUCCAUCCUGUAUGACCCCGAUGAGACCUUAAACUUCAUCGCGCCUAACAAGUAUGAGUACUGCAUCUGGAUCGAUGGCCUCAGUGCCCUUCUGGGGAAGGACAUGUCCAGUGAGCUGACCAAGAGUGACCUGGACACCUUGCUGAGCAUGGAAAUGAAGCUACGGCUCCUGGACCUGGAGAACAUCCAGAUUCCCGAAGCCCCACCACCAGUGCCCAAGGAGCCCAGCAGCUAUGACUUUGUCUAUCACUACGGCUGAGCCUGGAGCCAGACUCCGUGUACCCAGGAAGGGAUUUUGGGCCCAGGAGAAACACCUACAGUCUGGUGCCUUGUCUUUUGCUUGUACAGAAUCUGUAGUGACCAUGGUGGCCAGUAAACGCCAGCCAUUCCUCAAACUCACCUCGGACCAUCCAGAGCUUCCUCUGGGUCCCUGCCCACUCUAAGUCACGAGGGCGGGGGUGCUCUGCCCCCCCGUCACCAUGGAGCCUGGGAUCAGAGCGUGAGGCAUGAACAGCAGACGCUCUUGCCUUCCCGGCCAGGGACUGCUUGCGCUGGAGUUAACAAGAGUCACUCACUCACCUUUUCUUCCUGAGCCUGCUCUCCAGUUGGCUGGAUCCCCUUGUGGGCAAGAGCUGGCCCGGGAAAGGCUGCCCCGCAGAAGACAGAAGUUCUGGGCGUGUUGAGAGCCUCAGAGAGACUGCCUUUGGGUGACCCGUGCCUGUGUCUCAGAUCCAAGUGGAGGCCUCGUCCUUUGCUUGGUAGAUGCCUUGCCCUUGCUCUCGUCGCCUUCGUGAGGGCUCACUCCGGCUUCAUUCAGUGCCAAUGAGCUGCUGCUACUGAGGCUCGGCUCUAACAUCUCUGGUCUCCAGAGCCACCAGAUCUCUCUUGCCCACACAGUUGUCUGGGCAGAGGGAAAGUUCUCCCUACAAGCUCUCGGUCUCUCAUCCUGGCAAGUCAAAGACGUGCGAGCUAAGUCCUGUCCUCUAGUCUCAAAGAACUCUGCAGGGAGAGCCCAGAUGAGGCCUGGGCUGAGGCUGGUGAGGCCACUAGAGUCCACUUCCGCCACCCCCCCCCCCCGCCCCCCAAUUUUCAUUUUUUCCUUCCUCGGAGAGAAAUCUCCCACCUAACCUGAAUUGCGGCCCUCCACUUGGCUUUCCUUUGGCCUCCCCGACCUCAGGAAGUUUGGCCUUCCCUUCCCCCUGCUCCCAGUGUUGUGGUUUCUGCCAUUGGCCAUGAUUUCAGGGAGCUAGCUGAGGCCACAGCUGUGCCAAUGGGGCUUCCCUGGUGCUGCGGCACCUAUAAACCAUGUGCCCAGCCUCUCCCCUUGGACACGUGAACACGGUGGCAUUCAGUAUUGGUAGCCUGGCAUGAUAGGUACUGCCCCAUGAAGAGUGUAGUAUAUAUUUUCUUUACUAUAGGCCAUACUUAUACAGACGUGUAUAUAUAUUUAUAUAAGAUCUCCCUAUCCUAGGAUGCAAUGUUGGAGGGAAAAUAAAAUUGGAGGCUCCCCCUAAAAAAAAAAAACAGAAAACAAAAAAACCACUUCCCGUUGUGAGCCAAGAGAGUGACCCGAGAGCAGCCAGGAGCUUCCUGUCGGUAACCAUGUUUUCAAUAAAUACUCUUUCAUGUACAAACUGCGGUACCUAUUAACAGCCAUGUCUCUGUACUUGCCGUCUGCCCAAGGGAGCUCUCACCUUCACAAGCCUUCAUUUCAUUGUGUCCGGGAGACUUGGAGAGCUCCAGCUGGAGCCCCCAGCCAGCUUCCAAGGGCCCCCCCCCCUUUUCAACCGCUCCGCCCUCCCCGUGCGUGGGCAUGCAUGCAUGCACACACACACACACACACACACACACACGCUUCCACAGUUAAGGAUGCUCACAGAUUGUUGCACCAGGACAGUGUUUUCUGCCCAGGCUUGCUGGGCACAGCAGGGAAAGGCAUUCUGUAUACCCCCGUGAACAUAUCCUCCCUCUUCUCCCUGCCAGGGACACAGCCAGGGAACAGCUCAAAUUCUUGUGACUUACAAAGAAGACACGUUCUUCACCCUGUGUGUUGCCGGUGCUUAGUGCCCAGCCCUCCAGCUGGUGUUGGAGGCUGUUGCUCCAAAACUCAGCCUUGGUAGCUGGGAGGCCUGAAUGAGGGUGGUGAUGAAAAUAGAUCCUCUCUCUCCCCUCGAGAAGGGGGCGAGGACGAGCUCUUUCAAAAGGCAUAGAAAGUUGCGGUGCAGGCCUUUAGAACUAACUACAGCCAAGACCUUGGGCAGUGAUGGGUGCCACUGUGGGUGCUUGGAACCAGUGCCUGCGUGAUGCCAGCUGGCGGUGGCUGGGAGUGGCAGCGGUUUGCAGAACGCGCUGCUCGCACCCAGGUCUUGAGCCUUCUUUUCAGAGGGGCCAGGGAAGUCACACACCGGGAUCCACGUUUGCAGCCAGCGUUAAAAGAGAGCCGAGGAGGCACUGGGAAGGGAAGACAAAAAGCCCUAAACUGGGCCUCAGUCUGCAACCCUAGCCUGCCCUGACCUCCUAAGGGUUCUUGCCUCUGCCUCUUCUCAUCCAUCCUGCAAGACGAGUGAGAUCUGAACUCCUUAGCUGGCGUUUUUGAGACCACUGCAACCUGCCCCUUAGCUACUUUUCCAACCAUAGCUUUGGUUAACUCUCCUUAUAAGCAACUGGGCUAGAGCCAGGCUCCAGUCUUCCCCUCUCCUCCUAUUUCCUGUGCCCAGGACAUUCCCCACCCCUCCUACUCAACCUGUGGAAAUUGAGGUAAUUCUUCUUAGAAAGUUUCAGGCAGGGGAGAUGCCUGGGUGGCUCAGUCGGCUGAGCUCUUGAUUUCAGCUCGGGUCACGAUCUCAUGGUUUGUGGGUUCGAACUCCACCUCAGGAGGCACCUGACAGCACUGAGGCUGCUUGGGAUUUCCCCUCUCUCUCUC